AUGACAGGUACAGAAGAGAAAUACCCUCUUCAUAAAGCAGCAAGAGAAGGCCGCCUUGAAGACCUUAGGAUAUUGCUAGCAUCUGGCAGAUAUGAUGCCAAUAAAGGAACCUUUGAAUUGGUGCGGCCGCUACAUGAAGCUUGCCUGGCAGGUCACUUUGACUGUGCUGCCCUCCUCAUUCACUAUGGAGCAAAUGUGAACUUGGCGAAUAUAGAUGGAGCCACUGCUCUGUGUGAUGCCUGCUGUAGUGGAAAUGUACGGUGUGUUCAGCUGUUGCUGGAGCAUGGUGCUCAAGUUAAUCCACCAUUUCUUUUGACCAGCCCAUUGCAUGAAGCAGUGUUUAGAGAUCACUGGGAAUGUUUGAAACUGCUGCUGAAAUAUGGAGCGAACAUGAAUAAAAGCGACUGUCACUUUGGCACUCCACUUCACAUUGCCGCCUGUAAAGGUCAUAGAAAUAGUGCUGCCAUACUUCUCAGGCUGGGAGCCAGCCCAAACAUCCCACACAUUCAUCAGACACCUCUACAUGAAGCUGCCAGGAGCCAGGACUUAGAGUUUCUGGAACUUCUCCUGGCACACGGUGCAAACGUGUAUUCUUGUAACAACAGGGGUUUGACAGCCAGGCAGCUAGUGCCGAGCAGCACGUCUCCCUGCAAGGUUUUACUCCAUGAAUGGGAAAAAAUCCCCAGGUCACUGCUACACCAUUGCCGACUGCGAAUUCGAAGUGCACUGGGCCCUGAAAGAUUGAAAUUUCUGCCAACUUUGCGGAUUCCAAAAGUUUUAAUCAACUUUUUGAAUUUUGAGUGA